CCAAACGUACAUCCGGAACCCUGAACUGUGAGACCGACAGACGGGAUGAUGGCGGUGUCAGCACCCAUUUGGAAGACUCUGCUCGUCUGCCCGACAGAUCCCCUCGCUCUCUCUCACCCACAGGCUAACCUCAGCCAAUCAGAGGGGCAUAGGGGGGAGGGGCCAGAGGGGAGCCAGCACUUAAUUGGUGAUGGUCUUGCAGACUGGAUGACGGAAGAAGUGGAUUUCUCCUCUUACCUCCCAACCCCCCACCCCUCUCCUUCCCCCACUGCAUCCCUUCCCCCCUCACCCCUCCAGCAUGACAUACAGGUGCCCUCUGAUUUGGAAGUCAUGACAUCUCUGCUCCAAGAAGAACUAGCCCAGUUGGAGGAUUACUUCCUGUCUGAUCCGCUCCCAGAAAAAAACACCAAACUGGGCAAAUGCGACAAAGGUCCGCCACCAGUGGGUCCCUCAUCGUACUACCAGCUGCCCUAUGGAUCAUAUUCGACGACUAACCAAUCAGAAUCUAGCCCUCUACUUGUUACCCUAGCAACUGGGGAGCUAGACCUCCUGAGCUUUUGUGGGGGCCCCAUUGGCCGAUCCAAGAUUCCCAGACACGCCCCUUACAGUUGCAGCCGCCCCAAUAGCAACAUAUGCGGCCGCAAGAGAGUUUCGGAUGGGGCAAGGGUAGUAGAGGGGUAUGAGAAUAGCAUCUGGAGUUCUAAAGGAAAUAGCUCAGGUAACUCACCCUUGACGCAUGGUGGGACCUACAGCUGCAUCGAGGACGAAAGAGUUGUAGGCAAAGGGUACUGCUUGGGAAGUGCGGUUGAAAUCAGAAGAUGCACCAUUUUACCCAAAGAAGAGAAGAACUGCCGCUACACCGACGAGACCAUCGGCGGCGGAGGCAAAGCCAUCGGCGGCGGUUACGGCUUUGGCGGACACAUACAGGUCCCCCACAAAAAAGACGAAAUGAUGAUGUACGGCGUCCGAGAGGUCAGCGUAAGUGGAAUGGGCGGCAGCGCGCAGAUGGAGGUGAUGAACGAAGGCAAAGGUGACGGUAGCGACGUGGCGAAGGUCAACGUCCCCUGGAAGACGGAGUCCAACGACGGCUGUUUCCUUCAGGGCAUCCCCCAAGAGGAGGCCUACCACAACUUCCUCGGGGCCAUCAACGAGCCGGUCAAGGCAGAAGGUGUAGACAUGGGUCAUCGUCAACACAGCAACUACCACUGUGGCUUUCUGGAGGGACAGAGCAACGAGUGCUUGGCGGACAGGCAGGGAUCCGAAGUGGGAUCUCCAGGCCCGAGAGGUGUCCGAGGGCUGAAGGAAGAUCACUGCGCCGUAAAGCCGGAGCUGGAAAGCCCCCUCAUGGAAGCCAAUCAAGGAGAACGUAAACAGAAGAAGAGGGACCAGAACAAGACUGCUGCCCACAGGUAUCGCCAGAGGAAGAGGGCGGAGUUGGAUUCGCUGGAGGAGCAACUUCAUGGUCUGGAGGGUCGAAACCGUGAGCUUCGAGACAAGGCUGAAUCAGUGGAACGAGAGAUCCAGUACGUGAAAGACCUCCUGAUUGAAGUGUACAAGGCUCGCAGCCAACGCCUAAAACAGGAGACCAGCGCCUGA